CACACACACACACACGGAGCUCAGGGUGAGGACUGCGCAGCCCCGGCUCUUUCCGUCUCUACCCGUCGGGGAAGGACUCUGAACUUGGCGGACAGUUGGGCUCCGGCGUCCGGGGCGGGAGGGGACGACACAGGCGGUUUUGUGCGAGCGUGCGACCCGCCCACCCUCCUCCCUCUGAUGGGGAGAGAGCCCUCCCUGCUCCCCGCGUCCCACUUCUCCCGGCCAUGGGUGGGUGUCACAGCUAUGCCCGCACCCGCAAGGCUGUGGCCUCCACAAAGAGAGUGGAGUUCUCCGAAAUCGACGGACACAAACUAAAAAACAACAACACCCAGGCAGUCCCCUGUCUUGAGGAGAAACCGUACCUGCUGCAGGGAUACGUGUCGGAGUGCAUCGCCAAUAUGGACAUAAGGACCCUCUCCGUGCUCCCAGCCGGGCUUAACGAGGCCGAAUGGAUGGCCAGCAACACCAUCGCCUUCUUUAAGAACAUCAACUUGCUCUCCAGUGCCCUGUCGGAUUUUUGCACCACCAAGACCUGCCCCACCACUAGGGGGCCUGGCGACGUGACGUACUACUGGAGCGAUGAACAGGGGAAGAAGGUGAAGUGUUCUGCACCGCUCUACACCGACUACAGCAUGUCCUACAUCCAGGAGCUGCUGAUGGAUGAAGAUGUGUUUCCCACAGGGGCAGGUACAGCUUUCCCCAAAGGCUAUGUGUUCCUGGUGCAGAGGAUCUUCCUGUACCUGUUCCGCACCCUGGCGCACCUGUACUGGGUGCACUUCUGGGAUGUGGUGCAGAUGGACAUGCAUCCGCACCUCAACACGCUUUUCGCCCACUUCGUGGCCUUCGGCCAGCAGUUCCAGCUGCUGGAGCCGGCCGAGACCGCCCCGCUGGAGGACCUCAUCUCCGCCCUCGGCUCGUAUCACGGGUUCUGAGCCCUGCCCAAAGGAGGGGGACGAGCACAGGGUCCUAGAGCCCGCCCGCCCGCCGCUGACUGACAGGGCAGGACUGCCGAGCUGGCCGUGGUCUCUCAAGAUGUGGAUUUGUUGGUCGAUUGGUACGGCUCUCAAGUCUCCUCUCUUCAAUGUCAUAGGCGCGAGAACGUUGGUUGAUUGGUUUGGCCUCCCCACAAUGUCUCCUUCCUUCAAUCACAUGGUCAUUGGUCAAUUGGUCCAGCUCUCUCCCACACCGGUGUCCUCCCACUUCAAUCCACACUCACAGCAGUGGAGAACAUGAGAAAGGGAGAAACGUAUUCCAAACCGCAAUCAUGCACCUUGACUCUGCCCAACCAAACAGGGGAGACAUGUCGGCAGGAGACUGGCUCUGCUUAGAAGACUGAACCACAUGCAGCCCGAAAUUCAUUCUGGUCUGAAACCCCACACCAGGCAGACCUGAGAGAUCACACACUUACAGCACCUCAAAGGAAGCCUACUAUGUCAAUUACCAACAUACUGACCAUACUGACCGUGUUGUUAUAUAUAUUCACUCAUGCAAUUAUACAUCCCUAUAUAUGUCAUGCCUCAUUGAUGAUAUAUUCUUGAGAGUCAGAGGAUACCUCUGACUGAAGUAUCUCUGCAAAGGCAUGAUCAAUCUACUGAAGAAUUGGUGGAUUGCGUUGGCAGCAAUCCUGAUUCACAAUCCCAGUUCUAUGACUGGCCGCAAAGUAAAAGGAGUUUCAUUCCAAAUUUUUAAAUGUAUGUGCACACAUUAUCCCAUUGUGUAUCUACCCUGGAAUAUAGCAGGCAGCAUGGUACUCAUACAGUCAGGUCUAUAAACAUUUGGAUGUAAAUAAAUAAAUGGUACCUUGGACCCUCUACGACUUGGGGGGACUAUGUGUAAAAAGGGUUGUAAUUCCUACACCAUUCACCCGAUUUAGAUGUAAAUACCCUCAAAUUAAAGCUGAAAGCCUGCACUUAGAGCGCAUAACAUUUACUACCAGCUCCAAUAUCCUGUGGUAGACAGCUAACAUAACAAUAACUUUGUCAAUGUCCAAAUAUUUAUGGACCUGACUAGCAGGUUGUAUCUUUCCAGGUUUUACUGUAAGGUUACAUUAGUUUGCCUACAGUAUUGUAUCCUGUAAAGCACUCUGGGAGUGUCAUUACCAGGUACAGCCAAUGAGCAGGGAGGUAAGGAGGCGACAGACGGUUGAUCAGGAGGUAACUGUGUGUCAAAACCAAAUGCCGCAGCUAACCCUACCAGAUUCCCCUGCCGUAACUCAAUUCGCUCCUCCCCAUUCUCUUGUGGUUCCAGGCGGGAAAAAAAAAGUGUAUCUCCAUUCUCUCAGAUCCUUCACAUUCAGGACUGUCCCAUGGCCUGAGCCUGCAUGUGGCCCAAACCAGUGGCCAGGUCCUGGCUCUACACCCACACCUUGAUAUGUGAAUUAAGUUAUUACCCUGUACUGUGCUUUUUCAGCUCAUGUUUUAAAUCUCAACAUUUGAGAUUUACAUUGUUAAACAUUGUUAAAAACAGGUAAUAAAUGAAUACUUAAUAA